ACAAGUUUCCAAUGUCAGGUUUUUUUCCCCUAAGACCUGUUUUAAUGUGGGGGAUGUUAAUGGUUAUUUUCCUUCUAGUUCCAGAGUCCAUCAUGAAGAGAUUCCUGGUGCUUUGUGACUGCCUCUGGGCCUGGAGCCUCCUCCUGAAUGCACUCACUGAAAGAAGCUAUGGACAAACCUCAUCACAAGAUGAGCUCAAAGACAACACCACAGUGUUCACCAGAAUAUUGGAUCGUCUUCUGGAUGGUUAUGACAACCGCCUGAGACCAGGGCUGGGAGAGCGUGUAACUGAAGUGAAGACUGACAUCUUCGUCACCAGUUUUGGGCCUGUUUCAGACCAUGAUAUGGAGUACACUAUAGAUGUAUUUUUCCGCCAAAGCUGGAAAGAUGAGAGAUUAAAAUUCAAAGGACCAAUGACUGUUCUCCGAUUGAAUAAUUUAAUGGCCAGCAAAAUUUGGACACCUGAUACCUUUUUCCAUAAUGGAAAGAAGUCAGUGGCUCAUAACAUGACAAUGCCAAAUAAACUAUUACGAAUUACAGAGGAUGGGACGUUGCUAUAUACAAUGAGAUUGACUGUGAGAGCAGAAUGUCCAAUGCAUUUAGAAGACUUUCCUAUGGAUGCACAUGCUUGCCCCUUGAAAUUUGGAAGCUAUGCUUACACCAGAGCAGAGGUUGUGUACGAGUGGACACGGGAACCAGCAAGGUCAGUGGUUGUGGCUGAAGAUGGCUCUCGACUGAACCAGUACGAUCUGCUUGGGCAAACUGUGGACUCUGGAAUUGUGCAGUCCAGUACAGGGGAAUAUGUUGUUAUGACUACACAUUUUCAUUUGAAGAGGAAGAUUGGUUACUUUGUCAUCCAGACUUACCUGCCAUGCAUCAUGACAGUGAUACUGUCACAGGUGUCCUUCUGGCUUAACAGAGAAUCUGUUCCAGCAAGAACUGUAUUUGGAGUGACAACCGUGCUGACCAUGACCACGCUGAGCAUCAGCGCCAGGAACUCGCUGCCCAAGGUGGCCUAUGCCACGGCCAUGGACUGGUUCAUCGCCGUCUGCUACGCCUUCGUCUUCUCCGCGCUCAUCGAGUUCGCCACCGUCAACUACUUCACCAAGAGAGGCUACGCCUGGGAUGGCAAGAGUGUCGUUCCAGAAAAGCCAAAGAAAGUGAAGGAUCCUCUCAUCAAGAAAAACAACACAUACACAGCUGCAGCUACGAGCUACACCCCUAAUAUUGCAAGGGACCCUGGGCUGGCAACCAUUGCUAAAAGUGCAACAAUUGAGCCCAAAGAAGUUAAGCCAGAAACAAAACCUGCAGAACCCAAGAAAACUUUUAACAGCGUCAGUAAAAUUGAUCGGUUAUCAAGAAUAGCCUUCCCAUUGCUUUUUGGAAUCUUUAACUUAGUCUAUUGGGCCACCUACCUAAACAGGGAGCCCCAGCUAAAAGUUCAAACUCCACAUCAAUAACGUCAUUUAUUCAUAUAGUUCUGUUUUGUCUUUUGCUCUGGGAAUUGCUUCCCUUUUUCACAUACGGUAAUUCCCAUUUGCUUCAUUGCCUCUGUCUUAAAGAAAACAAAGGUUUCUUUAGUUAGCAAAAGGUAAAAUAUAUCUGUAUAUUUAAAAAACCUGUGUGUGAGGGAGUGAACAUUUUAAACUAUAUACUUUGGAAAAGUGAUUUUGGAAAUGGAAAAGAGUUGUAGAGUGACGGGAGAGUGAAAAAAAAAACAAAAAAAUCCCAUUUGUAGCAAGCUUAGCACUGAAUAUCCCCAAAAGAUAGUGUAUAUGUAUAUGAAAAAGAUAUUUUUAUUCAGAAGAUUGUAGGGAGGGGAGGGGGGGAAAUAUUCUUUAUGACAUUCCUAAUGCACAUCCUAGACUAUAUUAUUUAUUCAGCCACUGUUUAUAAUCUUUUCAAGGUUGUAAAGCUCUCCAUUUGCUGAAUUCCAUAAGAUACGGUAUUUUCCUAAUCCAUUUUUUCUUCUAUGUUCCAAACUACCUGACUUAGAAUAUUAAAUAGUCUUGAAUGAGAAAGGACAUCUACUCACUCUAGGUACAGUUUGUCACUGUAUAGCACAUAAGAUCUAAUGGUAACAAAUGCUUUAAUCUGCUCUCUUACUGCAAGCUUGUUCUAAGCAUUGAGUUGUCACUAGACUAGAUUUAAAACUAGUUGCACAACCAAGUGCAGGUCCCAAAUUUCUACUAUCACCUGUGUAAUCCAAACAAUUCCUGGAUGCUUUAAAGAUAGCUUUUAUUCAUCACUAUGUUUUAGAGAGUUAAAUAAAAAAAACAAAUUUUUUGCAAGCUCUAGAUAUGUUGAAUG